AUGUCUGCUCGCCUCGGUUCUCGAAUAUCGCGUUUCCGGUCCAUGAACUUCCUGGACACUUUCAGCAUUGACAGCUUUCGUACCAGCCACUUCAACCCCCGAGUCCCGGCUCUCCUGCGAAACCAAUUUCACCAAAUUCCUGCUAUCUCUAGAUGGUUUGAUCCGUAUUCUUUCAAGCCCGGGUUUCACCAGCUAAACUCUGAUUACUUGGCGCCCUAUGGCUCCGUCAUCGUCCCACUGGAGCUGACGCGCGCGACGCAUCCAUUGUCGGAUUCCAUGCCUGACGAUGCUGAGCAUCACUCACAGACAUUUCAGCGUUUCGAAGCGCCUCUCUCGGUACUUCUAGCAUCCUGCUCCUCCUCACACUCCUCGCCGGGCAACCUCUACCUCGCCCAGUGCUCGCUCGACUCGCUUCCCCUGCCUCUCCAAGCCGAUCUCCCGACGCCUGAUGUUGUUCUAAAAGCUGGAAGGGGAGAUAUAUAUGCGAACAGCCUGUGGUUGGGGCGUCCGCCCACGCGUACUCCCUUGCACCGGGAUCCAAACCCGAACAUAUUCGUGCAAUUGGCAGGGCAGAAGGUGGUUAGGUUGAUGGAGCCGGGGGCAGGGAGGGCUGUCUACGAACAAUCGAGGUCGGCCAAUGGGCAUGCAAAUAUGAGGGGCCAAGAAAUGAUGGAGGGCGAGGAGAUGGAGCGGCUGGAGGAUGCAAUUUGGGGAGAGGCGGGAGAGGCACAGGGCUGGGAGGCUAUUCUGGGUAGCGGGGACGGCCUCUUUAUCCCCAAGGGCUGGUGGCAUAGCGUGAGAAGCUUUGGAGAUGGGAUCACAGGAUCGGUCAAUUGGUGGUUCCGGUGA